GAGCGCGCUUCGUCUUUGACGGAGCGAGAAUUAUGUUCAGUUUAGGUCCUCUUCAACACAAGAAACAGAUUGGAAUCUGCAUAGAGGGAAAAUCUACUGUAGCUCGCUGAUCGAACGUGUUGUUUUAGGAGUCUGCUGUCCUCAAAGAGACUUCCUCAUAUAUAGUGCACGGGAUAACGUUUGCACAGUUGCACUGCCUGGAAUGCGCGAGAUCCAAUGUAUGUAUUGGUUGGGUCAACAAUAGUUCUCGUUGUAUUGAGUUUUUAGUUUUCAGAGAGGCUCUACUGCCACGCGAAGGAGGAAACCGAAGUUACGACUGGCUUGUUUGUCUCGUAGUCUCUGAAUUCUGCAGGAAUGUCUCACAAGGAGAGACCCACUUUCUACAGACAGGAGCUGAACAAAACGAUAUGGGAGGUCCCGGAGCGGUAUCAAUCCCUGUCCCCGGUCGGCUCUGGAGCCUAUGGAUCAGUCUGCUCGUCGUAUGACGUGAAGUCUGGGCAGAAGAUGGCGGUGAAGAAGCUGUCCAGGCCGUUCCAGUCAAUGAUCCACGCUAAGAGGACCUACAGAGAACUAAGGCUCCUGAAACACAUGAAACACGAGAAUGUGAUUGGUCUGUUGGAUGUGUUCACGCCUGCCACCAGCCUAGAGGAAUUCAACGAUGUUUACCUGGUGACCCACCUGAUGGGGGCGGACCUCAACAACAUAGUGAAGUGUCAGAAGCUGACAGACGACCAUGUGCAAUUCCUCAUAUACCAGAUCCUCAGGGGACUCAAGUAUAUCCAUUCAGCAGACAUCAUCCACAGAGAUUUGAAGCCCAGUAAUCUGGCAGUGAAUGAGGACUGUGAGCUCAAGAUCCUGGACUUUGGAUUGGCGCGACACACUGAUGAUGAGAUGACUGGUUAUGUAGCGACCAGGUGGUACCGCGCCCCAGAGAUCAUGUUGAACUGGAUGCACUACAACAUGACAGUGGACAUCUGGUCAGUCGGCUGCAUCAUGGCAGAGCUGCUCACUGGACGGACGUUAUUCCCGGGCACCGACCAUAUAAACCAGCUGCAGCAGAUCAUGAGGCUGACAGGAACGCCCCCGGCCUGUCUCAUUAGCCAGAUGCCCAGCCACGAGGCCAGAAACUACAUCAACUCCCUUCCCCAGAUGCCCAAGAGGAACUUUGCUGAUGUGUUUGUUGGCGCUAACCCACUAGCGGUGGAUCUGUUAGAGAAGAUGCUGGUUCUGGACACUGAUAAGCGAAUCACAGCGUCCGAGGCCCUGGCCCACCCCUACUUCUCCCAGUACCACGACCCUGACGAUGAGCCAGAGUCCGAGCCAUACGACCAGAGCUUCGAGAGCAGAGAGCUGGAGAUAGAGGAGUGGAAAAGGUUGACGUAUGAGGAGGUUUGCAGUUUCGAGACCCUGCCAUUCGAUGGAGACGAGAUGGAGUCCUGAGGGGACGAGGGUGAAGUCAUUGCUAGUCCCGCCUCCUUCUCUUACUGAACUGUGAGGAAGAAGUUGCAUGUAGACAUUGAUCUAGGGCCAGUUUUGUGUUUCAUCCCCUAAUGGUUUAGGUUAGGAUCUGGGGGUAAGCUGAUCCUAGAUCUGUACUUAGAUACAACUUACAUCCGGAGCACGCAACCUUGUGUGAGGACUAUCAACUCACCAGACUAGUUCAAACAAACAAACAGGAAGCCACGACAUUCAAGUGCCUGCCGUCAUUCAUUUCUGGGGUUAGAGGUCAAGGGUCAAAGGUGACUCCCCUCUACACCCUCCUCCUGCUUGCUGUAUUAUAUCGUCUUUGAUUGGGUCCCUGGGAAGAAUUGGGAAAAUGACUUUGUAAUAUAUUAUCUAGUGUUUGUGUGUUUAGAGUUUAUUAAGUCACAUUAUUUGCCAAAAACUACCUAAAUUCCUGGAAAAGGUGCUCAGAUUUUAACGUUCAAUAUCGCAAAAACAAUCACAUGGUUUAACCAACAAACCACUGCACUUAUGGAGCCGUUAUUUAUGGUCUGUAGUUUAUAGCCUUUUGGAUAGAAGUCUGUAGGAAAUACAACAGUGGUCAUGACCUGCUCGUCUACGACAAAACCUUGUCUCCGUUGUCAAACUGUACGCUGUUGUUAUGCCUGGCAGGGUUUUAGAUGUGUAAAUAAGGCUGCCCUCUUGUAAAUAAAUGAUACUGUGCACCGAUAGUAAUACUGCCUAGAAGUCCCUAUUAUCAUAGAGCACAUAGAACCCUCAAGGCUUAGAACGUUGCCCCUUCGCAUUCCUUCAGGAGAGACUGGCAGGUUCCAUACUCAGAGGGAUUGUUAUUAAAUAGUAUUCCAUUAGAAUGUACACCAGUUUUAACUUUAAUCAUAGUGGAAGUUUUGACCUCCAUCUUUUCAAGUCAAUCGCCCAGAAAGAGGGGGGGGGGAGGGUGGUUUAUUCUCUUAUCCUGCCUCUUAACUCAUCUAUUUUUCUACCCGUCUCUGUCUGUUUCUUUGUUCACUCCGUUGUCGUAUCAUUGCCUCCCUGAGCUCUGUCCUGCCCUCUGUGUAGUCUGAUUAAAAAUGAGUGGAGAGGUAAUGUGACUGUCACAAAAUGUUAUUUAAUAGAAUGUAUUUAAAGUCCUCUAUCCCCGUAUCACAAGACUGAUGCUGAAAUCAGAAUGGGUUUUCCCAAGUCUCCAUAGUGUCUGCUCUGUGCAGUGCUUUGAGGUUCAGUCGGAGCAUUAGAUGGCUAUAGGUAUAGAGAUCCUAUUAGUAACAUAACAUUCUAGGAAUCUAUAGUCUUCAGAAAUCACUGGAUUCCCACUCCUGGUUGUUGACAAUGUGAUUUCAAUCAUAUUCAAAUGUAUUUUUAAAUAACUGUAUGUCCGUAGAUGUAUCUUGUUAUUCUGUUGUAUUAAAUGUGUGGGAUGCUAGCACCCCCUACUGUAUUUAACCCCUUUUCAUGUGUACAUGGUAGUCUCUGAGUGCAUGCCAAAAUAGCACAUUAUUCCUUAUAUAGUGCACUAUUUUGGACCAGAUCUCAUAGGGCCCUGUUCAAAAGUAGUACACUCAAUAGGGAAUAUGUUGCCAUAUAGGAUGUACUGUGAUUAUUCCCAUAGAGCGAUCAACAUAUUUAUCUCUUCUAAUGUAUACAGUACAGCACUCAAACCAGACAUUAUUCAGAAUCUCUUCCAGUUAAAGACAAAGCAAUGCCUGAAUCUUAACACAGUAACUACUUUUUAUUUAAUAUUAUUUUAUGACUGCUCAUUUUCUGGCUCUGUGAAGCAGUAGACUACCUAUCAAAAUCAGUGUUGGUGUCAAAGUCAUUCAAUUUUAUUUCAAAUGGACUUGAACCUGUCCCCCAGCUGUCUCUCUCUGUUCAUUAGGCAUAAAACUGGAGAAAACGUUUUUGAAACAAAUGGGCUUUCUAAUUGCAUGUUUCAAAGUUGUUUUUUUUACCAUUUGCUGCAUUCUGAACAUAGACUCGUGACAUACAGAGCUGUGGUCUUUCUGUGUAAAUCAGUGAGUGUCCACUUGAGGGCUGUAUCAUAGCAGGAUCACUAACAGAUAGGCCUACAGCCGGGGUGUAUUCAUUAGUUCACUAUUAUAAACCGUAACGGAAGCUAACGAAACUGGGCGGGACCUACCUGAACUUGUCUAAUAAACGCUUGUUUUCGUUGCAAAACACAACUGUUUGGAUUAAUGAUUAGAACCGGGACUGUCAAGUCAGUUAUAGCAUGGCCCAUUUCAAGUCUUAAUGUUGGAAAGAUAUUUCUGAUCAUGUAGGAACGUGUGUUGCCUGACCCAUUGAUCCUGCUUUGUGAUACAGCCUUGUGUUUUCAUGUUUACAGCAGCAGGAUGCUGGAGGGUAACACAGAGGGGUAACACAGAGGGGUAACACAGAGGGUAACACAGAGUGUAAACACAGAGGGAGGGGUAACACAGAGAGAGGGGUAACACAGAGGGAGGGGUAACACAGAGGGAGGGGUAACACAGAGGGAGGGGUAACACAGAGAGAGGGGUAACACAGAGAGAGGGGUAACACAGAGAGAGGGGUAACACAGAAACCUCAAACAUUGUAUUGACACAGUAACAUAGUUAGGUUACUGUCCUCCAACCAGCUCUCUGUCUCUGUCUCUCUCUCUCUCUCUGUCUCUCUCUGUCUCUCUCUCUGUCUCUCUCUCUCUCUGUCUCUGUCUCUCUCUCUGUCUCUCUCUCUCUGUCUCUGUCUCUCUGUCUCUCUCUCUGUCUCUCUGUCUCUCUCUGUCUCUCUCUCUCUCUGUCUCUCUCUGUCUCUCUCUCUCUCUCUCUCUGUCUCUCUCUGUCUCUCUCUCUCUGUCUCUCUGUCUCUGUCUCUCUGUCUCACUGUCUCUGUCUCUCUCUGUCUCUCUCUGUCUCUCUGUCUCUCUCUCUCUCUCUCUCUGUCUCUCUCUCUCUCUCUCUCUGUCUCUCUCUCUGUCUCUCUCUCUCUCUCUCUCUCUCUGUCUCUCUCUCUCUGUCUCUCUGUCUCUCUCUCUCUGUCUCUCUCUCUGUCUCUCUGUCUCUCUGUCUCUCUCUGUCUCUCUCUGUCUCUGUCUCUCUCUGUCUCUGACUCUCUCUCUCUCUCUGACUCUCUCUCUCUGACUCUCUCUGUCUCUCUGUCUGUCUGUCUCUCUCUCUGUCUCUCUCUCUCUGUCACAGCAAUUAUCCUGCAGAAUGAAGAUAAAAUGACUAUUUAUAAUCUGGCUGAUCAUGUAAUGAGUAUUGGUUACCUUAUUUUGCUAUUGUUAUGGUUGUUUAUUUGAUUUAUAUGUUUUUAACAGACAGACCAUGUUUACUUUGUACUUUAAUGAUUCCCCACAUUCAGAACCAUGAGAGCAGGUAAUGUCACCUGUUAAUACCACUGUUAGAAAAUAAAGGCUAUUAUUUUUCAGAA